AUAAUAAAUUCCGAUUGAUUUAAAACCCUAGGGGGGAGAAAAUUGAAGGUUUCCGGCGACCACCAGGGCAUUCCGGCGGACGAUGGCGGAAUGGAUUUGCCGGACACUGCGAGACGGCGGUUUGGAAGGAGAGCAUGCACCAGCGCUCGCCAUCAGUGAUACAAUCAACUGUCCCCUUGGCACCUUGACUUUCGAUCACGUCCUCUCCCAGCUUUCCUCCUUUAUUUUCUUCCAAAAAUGUCAGUCGAGUGGUCUUCUGUUGGUUGCGUUGUCUCGAAGUCCAUUGUAUUAUGCGCAGCUGUUGAAGAGGAAAGGAUACGGCGCUGUAUCUUCAAAUACCUGGUUUAAGGUAUUGGAUUGCUACACGGAUCCUUUGGGUUGGAAGGGUAAGAUUAUGGAGACUGGAGCCAUCCGCAAUAUGCAUCCUGGAUCGUCCACAACAGCUAAACUAUGUAAAAAUGUUGGGGAUGUGGAGAAGUUAAUGGCACAAAUUCUUGAACUUGGAAGAGAAUUAUCAGAAGAUGGGAAGGGACGAUUUGUUGUCGCCUUUGAUUCGGUUAGUGAGUUGCUAAGGCAUAUGACUAUCUCAUCGGUUGCUGCCCUUUUAAGCAAACUUCGGAGUAAUGAUCGGGUGUCCAGUUUGUUUUGGUUAUUCCAUUCAGAUCUGCACGAGACUCCAGUUACUGCCGCCAUUGAGUAUCUAUCUUCUAUGAAGGCUACCAUUGACCCUACAGUUCCACUGGUGGAUCAACAGGGUGGAAGCUCUGAGAAUCUUUCUGCAAUGGAGCAAAAUCUAAGAAGAGCAAAGUUUUGUGUUCGUGUCAAGCGUAGAAAUGGACGCGUUAGAAUGAUGGUUGAAGAGCUUUAUGUCGAGAAAUCCGGCAUCAAAUUCACAUCAGUUUCUUCUGAAGCUGAUGUAGCUGCUCAAAACCUCGUACCUAAGGUCCAGUUCAACUUACAGCUGACUGAAAAAGAACGGAAUGACCGAGCAAAAGUUGUUCUUCCAUUUGAGCAUCAGGGAAAUGGUAAAACCAUUCAAAUUUAUGAUGGUCGAAAGUCUCUCAGCGAGGAUGGGAACGACACCAACCUACAACAACAUUCUGUUGUUGAGAACUCGGAUUCUAGCAAGGGCGAAAUCAUUUAUUUCCGUGAUUCAGAUGAUGAAAUGCCCGACUCAGAUGAGGACCCCGAUGAUGACCUUGACAUAUGACUCCAAACUUCAUCCCUCUUUAUUGCACUCGUCAGGGAGCCGUGCACGCCCACAAGCUAAGCCAAAUUUCAUUUGUCUUGGCUUCCCACAGGGCGUCAUUUUGACAAAGCACAGUUUUGAUAACGGCUACGGCCAGAUGCUUCUUCCUGGUAAAUUUUGACACCAAUUCUGGUCUAGUGCUUGGUUUUUAUUAGAACUUGUGAAUAUUAUUAUGAUGGUUAAAUGGAGUGGUAAUCAGUUCUCAAAUUCUUGUCAUUUAUUUAUGUUUUUUAUGGAUCCCAUUUCUUUACAAAAAGAACACGGUUCUUACACGAACCAACGUCGCCUCAUGGUGUGAAUUUGUAAUGCAAAUAGACUACUAACACAUGUUUGGUAUAUGAAAGGGAUGA